CCAUAAUUAAUGGAUUUAAUAUUAGACUAAUAGAUUGCUUAAGUAGAAAAGGAAGAAGAAUAAAUAUCUAGCUCUUCUGUUUGUUCUCAUGACUCUGAUUCUUCAUUUGAUUUAGAAAAUAAAGUACAUAAUAAAUCACUCCUCAAAAAACCUACAAAUGAGUAAAACGGAGACGAAUAAAAAAGAAAUGGUAGGUUAUUUUAGUUAUACUUUAGGAAAGUUUGGCUUAAAAUAUGCAAAAAUUUCAAAUAGGUAGAGACAAGCUUUGAUUGAAAGAGUGACCUCUACUGGUUGUACAAUUAAAAGUGCUGCCAAAGACUUAAGUAUCAACUUUUCAACAGCAAAGGCAAUUAUGCAAAUUUUUAGAAGAGAAGGAAGAAUAACGAAAAAAAUAGUCAGAGAAAUAAAAUAAAAAACAAAUAAGAAUUUAGGAUAAAAUAGUGAAGGUAUUAAUGUUCAUAGUAAUUUUAGAUAUUGUAUAGAAAAAAUCUUAAUUUAAUGAAAAAAACGAAGGGUAUGUAAAAGUUGAGGCAAUUUAGGACAAUAACGAGACAAAUUUAUAUUAAUAAGCCGAAGAGGCUAAUAGACAUUAAGCAUUAAUCAUCUAAUAAUUGAAUGCUUAAGUAUUAUAUUGUUUUAAAUAAUUAGAAUAUAUAUCUGUAAAGUAGAGUAAAUCAAUUAUAAUAAGAUAAAUUACAAAUAAAUUAAAAAUAUGAAUUAUUGAUAAUGUAAUAUCAUUAAUUAUAAUAAAUGGUAAAUUUAUUGAAUAACAAUAGGCUCAUCAAUUCCUUUAGCCCUGUAUGUAUUAAUGUUCUACAUUUUCCCAAUGA